UACGGCCACCUGAAGCGCUGGUCGCUGCCGUCGAGAUAUCUUGUCCGUUUGUAGCUUUGCGAGCUUUUCUGUGCCUGGCCUGAGACCUGGUUUUCAUGGUUCGCUUGCCUUUGCCGUCUUCGAGGAUUCCGUCCUUCGAGUCCUCGUCUUCUUCGUUCCCAUCAUCCUCUUCAUCGUCCAUGCCGAGGUGGCCAGCGACUUCAUACGAAUCAACCUGGUCCUGCUCUUCAUCUUCGUCCGAGUACGCUUCAUCCACGCUCUCUCUCUUUGUUGGUUUCUUUACCCUUUUACUCUUUCUCUUGCCUCUCUUGGCUGCCACUCUACUCUUCAUCUGCUUGUUGCGGCGCUCGGCUUCUUUUUUAGCCUCUUCCCUGCGCUCCUUGGCCACUUCUAGCUUCCGCUUGUGGAGCUCUUUGGCCAACAGCGUUUCUCGCUCUCGCUGAAGAAUGCAGAGUCUUUGAAGAAAGGAGAGGAGGCUGAUCAAAGGGGGGCGAAGUCAGGCCAUUCUCGCUCUUGAUGUCAGGCCACCAUCUCUCAGCAACUCACUCAAGCUGGAAUUCGUUUUCGCGAAGGAAAGGGAUUCCGUCUGA